UGUGAUGGUCAGAGAGAAGAGAAGAGGACUUCAGUCCCACCAGCGUCUGUCCCUGUCAGUCCAACAUCAUCUCUCCUGCAAACAUGCUGCUGCUGCUGCUGCUCUCAUCGGCUGUCGUCGGGGCCGAGCGUGUGGCGGGCCAGAACAAGAAUGGCUCGUGUGUUUGCCAGGUGGACCCGGCCUCGUGGUCGUUCCCCGCUGUGAACUACGAGGCCGUGCUGGUUCAGGUCCAGUCCUGUGAAGGAUCUCUGAACAGCCUGCAGGAAGAGUUGGAGUUGUCCAACAGCCGUCUCCCCCAGAUUCAGGCUCUGAUCAAGAACAUGACGGAGCGGCUGAAGCCUCACCAGUACCUGCACAACAAGGGCCUUUACACCGACUUGCCUCUGCACGUGCUGGGCCAAGAGCUCAGCCAGCUGGAGACAGACAUCGGAGCCAUCCACAGCCAGUUAAACAACGCCCAGACAAAGAAACUCUCCAAAGAGGUGGGUAAACUGCGUACAUCUGUAGACAGGAUGGAGACGUCGGACACAAUCAACAUGAAGACUCUCAAAGAGAAACUGCGCUACCUGAAGAACAGCGUUGAGUCCUGCAAGUCCAUCCCCAAAGACUUCAGAGGCCAGGACAGUUACUGCCUCAAGGGCCUGAUCGCCAACAUUAGCGAUCCUGUCACGACUAAGGUCAGUCCCUAUGGUAAGACCUACAUCUCCGGUUCGUGGGGCCAACAGGCCCAGAUGGACAGCGAGGGCCAGAAGAACAGCUACUGGGUUCAGCCUCUGCUCAACAGCCACAUCUGGAGCAACACCCUGCGCCUAUACCAAACCUACGAAGACUUCAUGGCCUCCGCCAACCACAGAGACUUCACCUUGGCUCCGUCCUUCACUCACGCCAACACCAUUGAGGGUCCCAGUGCCGUCCUAUACGGUGAAGCGCUGUACUAUCACUGCUACCGCUCUGCAGAUGUCUGCCGCUACAACUUGACCAGCAAGACCGUCCAGCGGGUGACCCUUCCGGGUAUUGGCGUGGGUUUCAACAACAAGUUCCCGUAUUGUUACUACGACUGCCGCCCCAAUAGUGAUGUGGACGUGGAGGCAGAUGAGUCGGGACUAUGGGCCCUGUAUGCCACCGUCGGUAACCAUGGCAAUCUAGUGGUGAGCCGGCUAGUUUGGGACGGCGAGACGCUCAAUGUCACACAGACAUGGGAGACAAGGCUGUUCAAGAAGGCGGUGAGCAAUGCUUUCAUGGUGUGCGGCGUGAUGUACGCCACUCGGUAUGUUGACGAUAACCGAGAGGAGGUGUUCUACGCCUUCGACACAGCAACGGGCAAAGAGGACAACUCACUGGAACUGCCGAUGGAGAAGGUGGCUAAAGGAGUGGCCAGUCUCAGCUACAACCCCACCAACAAGCAGAUCUACAUGUACAACGAUGGAUAUCUGCUGGCCUACCAGGCCCACUUCAGAGUGUGAACGACAACCAGGACGCUUUGUGAUCCGAUCACUUCGGUCUUGGACACAUUUGACCAAAUAUCUUUUGUAGCGUAAACACUCAUUAUGCAUCCCCGACAAGGACGUAACAGCAAAAUACGUUCCUCCUGUUUCUCAUGUCCAGAUGGUUCUAAAAUGAUGUGAGCUGGCUCUGUCCACGACGUCUGAAAGUUUCAAAAAAGCCCAUAGAGAUAUCAUACGAGUGAGUCAAAGUCUGUAUUGUUUUGAUUUCUUCUUCUUCUUUUAAUUCCCGGCAGAAAAGGAACAGGAAGUGGAUUGCUGCCUCCCACCACUUAAGAAACAACAACGCAUUUGGUCUUUCCAAACAGAAAUUAUCUGCAUGUAUUUUUGCAUAAAGAUUAAGGGUUGCAUUGUAUUUCAGGUGUGAACUGUGAUCGGAUCACUAGAUACUUGUUAAUGCCAGAUGUAAACAGGGCUUAUAUCGAAUCAGGUACUUCAUAUUGAUAGGAUUUAUAGGGCCUAUCACAUACUCUAUGUUUUCACAAAUGUUUAUAAUGUAACAGAAUGUUGUAAAACUGGAAAAUCA